AUGUCUCGAAAAGAGGAUUUAAUAAUUGAAUAAAACCUUAUAAAGUUAAACUAGAAGGUUAGAAACUUUUAGAUAAAAGAGCAAAGACUUCAAAUUACUAAAAUUGUUAUUGUUAUUGUUAUUGUUAUUGUUAUUGUUAUUGUUAUUGUUAUUGUUAUUGUUAUUGUUAUUGUUAUUGUUAUUGUUAUUGUUAUUGUUAUUGUUAUUGUUAUUGUUAUUGUUAUUGUUAUUGUUAUUGUUAUUGUUAUUGUUAUUGUUAUUGUUAUUGUUAUUGUUAUUGUUAUUGUUAUUGUUAUUGUUAUUGUUAUUGUUAUUGUUAUUGUUAUUGUUAUUGUUAUUGUUAUUAUUGUUAUUAUUAUUUUAUUUUAUUCUUAUUAUUUAUUUAUUUUAAUUACUAUUGUUAUUGUUAUUGUUAUUGUUAUUGUUAUUGUUAUUGUUAUUGUUAUUGUUAUUGUUAUUGUUAUUGUUAUUGUUAUUGUUAUUGUUAUUGUUAUUGUUAUUGUUAUUGUUAUUGUUAUUGUUAUUGUUAUUGUUAUUGUUAUUGUUAUUGUUAUUGUUAUUGUUAUUGUUAUUGUUAUUGUUAUUGUUAUUGUUAUUGUUAUUGUUAUUGUUAUUGUUAUUGUUAUUGUUAUUGUUAUUGUUAUUUUCCAUUAAGUUUUUAUUAAAUACUCCUUAAUAAAGCAUUAAAAUCUUUAUUAUCUUCUUACUUUAUUUUAUUUAAAAAUGAAUCUAAAACCUGAUUAAUUUUAUUAAGGAAAAUAAAUAUAAGUCCCUUUAACUCAAUUGUAAAUUUAAGCAAUAAAUUUUAAUCAAAACACAUAAAAUUUAUAGUUUCAGUAAUUCUUUUCAAUGAAAUUUUCGAUAAUUAAUCACUAGAAAGUAUUUAGCAAACACUUUAAAUAUUUAUUUUUUCACAAAAAGAGUUUUUAUAUUCAUAAAAAUAAGUAAAGUAUUUCUUAUUAAUAUUAAAUAGUAAUUUCGUAAUUAAUUCAAGUAAAUUAUUAUUAUUAAAAAUAUGUUAAUGAGUUAACAAAUUAAUUAAAUUUUAAAACGCGAAUCCACUCUAAAUAAAGUACAUUAUAUUUUUUUCCGAAACAACGUUAAGUAUAAAUAAAAUCUUUUCCGCAACAUUAAUAUAUAUUUAUUUUUUAUCUUAAAUAUUCUCACAUUUGCUUUAAUAAAUUACUUCUGGUACAAUAUUAAUUCCAGUUUAAAAACUUCCAUUCAAAAUAUUCAUAAAUAUAUCUAAAAUUCUACUUUCUGUGAAAGGAUUUUCACAUAUACAAGCUAAUAAGUUAUAUGGAUAAUUUAAAAAUUCUUCUUUGUCAACAUAAAAUAAUUAAAUUAAUAAUUCUAAUAAUGUAUCUUCUAUCUUUCCAAUUUUAACUUGUAAAGUUUUAUCUUUUAAUAUAAUUUCACGUUUAUUUUUCAUUUUUUAACAUUUUUUUUUUGCCUCUUCUUUUUAUGCUUAUUCUUAUAGUUUUUUUAAUUCUUUUGCUUUGUUCUAAGUCUACUAUCUAACAUUAAAGUCUUAUCUUUAAACUCUUUAUCUUAAAAUUAAUGCUUCUCUUCUCAAAUCUGGAGGAAGACUUUCCAAAACAUCCUCAGAUGCAGUAAGAAGAAUUUCAUCUCUUAAAUUAGGAG